UAUUCACACUCGUAUUAUUUGUCCAUAGCUCACGCCAACGACGUUUUUUGCCGCUUUCGUUCUUCACUUCUUUGUGGAAGUCGGCAGAAUGAUUGUGCACGAAGCAGAAGUUGAGGACAUGGAAGUGGAUUUUCCGGCCGAUGAUAGUCCCUCAUGGACAAACUGCCGGGCCACGUGCUGAUAAAAAUCUGCCAAUAUUUAGAACCAUUCGAUGUGCUGAACUUCGGAAGAACAUGCCACCAUCUUCAUAAGUUGACUUCGAGUUGGUUCCUGUGGACGUUCUUGGCUCUGUCGUGGUGCCAGGGUGUGUGGAAUUACCUUCCCCAGAAAGCUGACGAAGGGCCCGAGGAUCCCAAGCAGUGGCUUUUACAUCUGCUACGGCUCUGCAGAGACAGGGGACCUCCGAAGGCGGAGGUAGUAUCGUUCGAGAAUGGCGAGAAAUGGCGCCGGUUGCAGAACGACAAGUUUGCUUGCAAGGUCAGUAUGCUUGCCUGUACAUACGAGGCCAUGAACAACAGGAAGUCCCCAUUCGUCUUGCAGUGCAUUUGGGUCUACGACAUAGCCCUGUUUGAACGCCUCAACCCCAGAAUACACUUAGAUGUUUUAGACCUGAAUCUUGAUUCAAACAGUGCCAGUGAGCUGGCCACCCUGGGCAAGGCUCGGCCGUACGACCUUCGAGGUCAUAAGCAUCCGCAAAUCGAUGCUCGCAACUAUAUCUCCAGCAAACUCCCUUCUGUAACAUGGUGCAAGGACUUGUUUAGCCAUGGCCCGAAGGGGAGCAUUUGCCCUUUACUGGUGUGCCCCUCCGCGCAUGGCUACGAUCUGGAGAGCUCGGGUGUAGAUGGUCUCAUUACGUGUGUGUCCUACUGUGCUCGAGCGGCAUCUUGGACGUGCCUGCCUCAGAGGACAAGUCACAGUUGGAGCCAUGGCUACCAGGAUCAAGGAAAUCUGCUGGUGCUUGAACGGCGCCUACACUCAGGCAUAAGAGGAAGGCUGAGGAGAAGUGGCCAAAUUGCCCCGUGGCCCAUGCCAUCGUCAGCAUGUCCGACGAGGGAUGGCCCGAUUUGGCUUCCUGGCAGCCUUGUCUCGAACCACUAGGCCUACAUUGGAGACAAGUAAUGUCUCAGUGUGCCGCAUUGCUUAAAGAGCACGGAACGUUGGAUGCCAUCGUCGACAUGGCGAGAAUCCGGUGGAGGCAUUUCCUGCUGUCUGACAUCGAGGAUGUCAUUGGGCACAAUGGCAGCACUGCUUGUUUCGAGGAUCAAUCUCACGGACUGCGACGCGAUUGGUGGAGACAAUCCUCACCAAGACAUGGCUGCGGCUGCAUUUGUGUCUCAGUCUGGUGCCUUAGUCACGUGGCAACUUCUUGGCCAGGCUUACUACUGACAUUGUUGGAUGUAAACGCACACACCUGAGUGAAAAGCUGAACAAAAUAGAGGGUUGAUUGCACAAGAGGUCUGGUGCAUCAAGAAAGUUCAAACUGCAUAAAGAGGCUAGUUGAAAAUAUUUUAGAUAUGGAGGAACCUCUGUGCAAGAGUUUUAAGUAUGGGCAGAAGUGUUAAGUGAAGCGUGCAUUAUAGCCAGUUUUUUAUACUUGACUGGUAGCUCAUGCCAUCAUGCAUCCUCCGCAAGGGUGACACAAAGCAUCAGAAUAUACAAAAAUUCAAGAAAUGAACUUGAAUAGAGUUGAAGUGUAGUGCUUUAUGUUUUUGCUAGGUUGUGUCAUCAUUGUUUAGAAUGUGUGCUCUUAAAAGCUACCAUGAAUAAGCACCUCGCUGACAGGUGCAUUUCAAGCAAUACCUAAGCAAGUUUAUUUUAUCUGCAACUGCAUAGGUGUAUGUGCUAGUACUGUCCUUUUUGGCCCAUUGUCGUGUAAGUGUUGUUGGUGGGGAAUCUGAUUGUUCGUUUCAGAGAGCUUCACUUUCUGUCUCGGUGGUCCUCAGACUGCAUGCUAGGGCAAAGUUUUUGUGUGGCAGCAUGGUGUGCAUGUGAUGGAUGGUGUUCUGUGUAUAUUCUGUCGUACACGUAUAUACUGUCCCUUCAAGUCCGACACACUACCGUUCUGCAGUCCUUAUCUUUGUGGAGGCUUCAGUGUUUCUGUUGAUUAUUGCAACUUAACCUUUAGUGAUCGCAUUGGUAUUUUGGUUUUAACAUUUUAUUUUGCGAUAGGUUUUGUUUGUGACUGAACAAGGUGGGUUCUCAUCUUGAAUAUUUAUAAUGGGUGCUCUGUUCUGUUUUUAAGUUUUUCUUGCCUUCUUUUUGAGCCGUCAUUUCGAAUACUAUCAUGCCACAGGUAAUUCGAGUGGUGCUUCUGUACGCCAUUCUCUUCCAAAAAUAUUAAGAUCACGGAAGCUGCUCUCGGUGCAUUCAGUCCACUAUUUGUUAGUUUUGCGAUUAUCAACCAGGCUGACUGAACCCCAUGACAAACACAAGUUUAGCUGGAUUAAAGCUGGCCGUUACAUGAGCUGUUUUUCUGCAGGUAACCAGAAUGCUAACACUCAUCAAUAGUCGUUCCAGCUUGAAUGUUUCUGCAAAGUUCUGAGCUGUGCCAUUUGUAGCAGACACUAUUGGCAGUGAGAAAGACAUUUCAACUCCACUUGUCCAAGCUGAAAUUCGGUGGUCACGUCUGUUGGGAGCCGUUGAAAUCUAAAAGGAGACAUUUUACCAAUGUGAUGUCGCAGAGCUACAUGUGUGUGCACAAGCUCAUCAUCAUCAUCAGCCUGACUACGCCCACUGCAGGGCAAAGGCCUCUCCCAUGAUCCAUCAAUUAACUCGGUCUUGUGCUCUCUGCGGCCACGUUAUACGUGCGAACUUUUCAAUCUCGUCGACCCACCUAACUUUGUCUCCUUCGUUCAUUUGCCUUCUCUGAUAAUCUAGUCAGCUACCCUUAAUGACCAGUGAUUAUCCUGACUACAUGCUACAUGCCCGGCCCAUGUCAAUUUUUUUUUUUAUUUCAACUGUGAUAUCUUUAACCCGGUUUGUUCCCUAACCCACUCUGCUCUCUUCGGUCUCUUAAGGUUACACCUAUCAUUUUCCUUUCCAUCGCUCGCUGCGUCAUUCUCAAUUUUAAGCUGAACCCUCUCUGUAAGCCUCCAAGUUUCUGCUCCAAAGAUAAGUAUCGGCAAGAUGCAGCUGUGAUACACCUUCCUCCUGAGGGUUAGUGACAGAUUACCAUUGAUGAUUUAAGAAUGCUUACCAAAUGUGAUCUACCCUAUUUUUAUUAUUCUAGUUAUUUCACUCUCAUGGUUCGGCUUCACGGUUACUACCCGUCCUAAGUAGACGUAUUCUUUACAACUUCCAGAGUCUCUCCUCCUAUCGGAAAGUGCUGUUUUCUGCCGAGACUGUUGCACAUUACUUUAGUUUUGUGCAUAUUAAUUUUCAGACCUACUCUUCUGCUUUCUGUGUCUAGUUCAGUGUUUGUAAUCUGAGUUACUCAUCAAGACAAUGCCAUGGUUACUUAGAUACUCUCCAUUAACUCUUAUCCCUAGCUCUUCCCAAUCUAGGAUUCUGAAAACCUCCUGUAAACACUGUGGGGAACAGCAUUGGAGAAAUCGUGUUUCCCUGCCUCAUACCCUUCUUUAUUGGGAUCCUGUCGCUUUUCUUAUGGAGAACUAUGGUGGCUGUGGGUCCACUGUAGAUUUCUUCCAGUAAGUUUAUGUAAAGUUCGUCGAUGCCCGGAUUCUGUAGUGUCUGCAUUACUGCUGAUGUCUCAACUGAGUCUCACACCUUCUUGUAAUGUAUGAAAACUAUGUAUGGGGGUUGGUUGUAUUCCGCGCAUUUUUCGACCACCUGAUUGACAGUAGGGAUAUGGUCUAUUGUAGAGCAGCCUGUACGAAACUCUGCUUCGUCCGUUGUUUGAUUAAAUUAUAAUGUCGCCUUAAUUAUAUGAACUAUUAUUUUUGUCAAUAGUAUGUAGAAAACGUACAGCAAGCUGAUCGACCUGUAAUUUUUCAAAGUCUCUGACGUCUGCUUUCUUAUGAACUAAAAUGAUGUUGGCGUUCUUACAAAAGUCUGGUACCCUUCCGGUCUAGAGACACUUCGUAUAUAAAGUUCCCAGUUUUUCUAACACGAUUACUUCGCCAUCUUUUAGUAGGUUUCAACAUGUGUGCACUAGCUACUUUGGAGUAUAUCAGCACAAGCUACUUUGGAGUAUAUGAUGAUGAUGAUCCGUUUAUCACUACGAACAGGCACGCAUAUAUGCACAAAGCUGCCAAACAGGAUGCGCGCGCCUUUCAAUGGUGAUAACUGGACGGCAGAAGGCACGCACUACACUAUCGCAAAGGCUUGCCGCUGUUCAGGUUUCAUUUGGCGCUGAUAAUACAUUGCAGCAACGAGCUGAAGCGAUUCUAUUUGCCAGAUGCCUCUGAACAUUAAACGUUGUUGCAGCUUUAGAACUCAACAAUAGGCAGGUAUGCGGUACAUAACACAGCUAGCUCAAUUCAUUGUUUCCAACAAAAGAAACCUAGUGAUAAACACUAUCACUUGGCUCGUGCCAACACAGAGCAUGUUGGAACACAAGCAGACUACGAUCGCUUGCCCACAGGAGGUUCCCCGAUGUAGACUGAAAUAUACAAUAAGAUUGGCCAGGAGUGCUACAGGUACUUGAAAAUAUCUACGUGUAAAAGGCACGAGAUGUUGAAAACUCAUUCGGCUGAGGCAAUUCACAUGUGUAAAGUCUUGUGAUAAAUUGCACAGUUGAUGCAGAUUGCUUAAAUCUGUUUCCAAAUCAUCCUUGGUACUUGCUCUGCUGGCUCAAUGCGUUUAUCCAAAGUCGUCAUAACGUUUCAGGGUACCUAUGGCACUGACCUAAAACUUCCUUCAAGUCCCACAAUUGUGCUCGGGGUAUUCGAGACUUUUGUUCAUUUCAGAGAUCUGAUUUGUCUAGUUCAUAUUUUAUGCAAGUUUCCCUUGAUGGAUAGCUCGGUUACCCAGAGGUGUAACAGUAACAAUGCUGGCAAUAACCAUCACAUGGUCCGUUAUGCAUUCGCCUCGGACGAAAUGGUGUUGUAAAGUGUUUGUUUUUAAGUUUAUUUACCUAGUUAUUAAAUUGAUCCUCUCCUGCACCCCACUGAAAGCCUUCUGCCCUUAUAAGUUUCCCACUGCCUUCAGAUCUGGAGGCAUUACAAGCAUUUUGCGCCUCACUUGGUCUUGAACUACUUCAGUAAUCGGCUCGCCUUUGACCCUGCCACAAUGUCAUGUCACAAAGGCAUCAUGUGACCUCAUGAUGGCAUCUUAUGGCGACUUGAUCAUGGGGUGAUUUUUUGCAUCACCCAUGUUGGUGUCGCCUAUGCCCACUGUCAAAUUUUGCGUGUAAUAAGGAAUCUAUGGCUUUCACGUUAAUAUUUUGUGUGUGAUGAAUUCUCCAACCAAAUGCCAAGUUCUUGAAAAGAAGCGAGAAAUGACUAUGUAUCGUUAAUUAGAGUAAAUCAGUCUUGCAGAAGCCCUACAACAUUUAGAAAGAUUUAGGAAACGGAGGGAUCGUCAGCCACUCAUUAUGCAGUGCAAUGCUACAAAAGGAAAUGAGCGUUUUGGAGAAAAUAAAAUCUUUGCAUUUGAUAAAAAGUUCAUCCUGGUUCAGGAUUUUUAAAUAUUUGUUCACCUUCAAACCUUUCUUUCCAAAUAAGUUGUGAGGGCCUCCUUUGUAUGGCUAAGCAGGACUCUGGUGCCAGCGAGUCAGUUCAAGCUUUUACAUUGUAGCACUUUUAAACGUGGAGACCCUAUUUUUUAACAUGAACAAACUGAUGCGUGGACAAAGAACACUGUUGACUCUCUUGCAAGCGGUGAUGUUUUAUGCGAUAGUGCUGCCACAAAGCAAGCAGCGUGCCUACUUGUGCUUGGAAAAGUCUUUGGAACUUGAAGUAACAGCGAAAUGAGCACUAAAUGCGAGACGAGUGUUUUGUCUGCCUUUAACUAGUGGUGCCUCUUGCGAGUACUGUCAAUGGUUUUUUUUGCAACACUGUAUUGAUGCUAGUGCAUAGGCAGAUUUAAUUGAUGCAGCUUACGGCUUUUGCAACACAACUGCUGUGAAAGUGCAACUGGGUAAUAUGUGGUUCCUGCAGCGAAUGCUCGCGCGUAAUUAGCUAGGCUAGGGUGGGUUCAAGAGUUUUAACUGGUGGCUGGAAGAGCAUUUGCCCGAAGUGGUUAUUGUCCGUUGUUACUUCGUAUUGUGUGCAGACCUUCCUGUGCAGCAGCUCUCUGACAUGGACAGAAGAUAAUCUAUUACGGAGAAAGCAGCUCAGAUUUCCUGACAGUUUUCUGCUUGUCCUUGCUCUGCUUUACUGUGACUGAAGUACUAAAGCACUGUGUGCUUUACUUCGGUCACGGAGCAAUGUGUGUCCUACAGACACCCCGUUUUCAAUGAUCCGAGUACAUGAAGAAACUGCAGUAAAAAUCAGACACCAUUCUUUUAAUUGUCUGUCAAACACGAGUAUAUGAGGCAAAGCAUUGAGAUUCAUUGCGUGUUUCGUCAAGUGCGUCAUUGAAUUGCCAGCACUUAAUCGUUUAACUAUACGUGCUUUGUGAGAAAGCACGUGAUCUUUUCCUCUCAUGGGUUCAGUUGGGACUGCUCUACAUAACUCUGUUUGUGCUGCUUGCAAAAAAAUGCGAGGCGACUCUCUUGGUAAACGUUAUGCCUCGCAUUGUGUUAAACGUGCUCGCUCACUUAACUCUAAUGAUGUGAACUUGUGCCAUUGUGAGGACUGUGUUGGCUUUUUCCUUGUCCCUUUUCUUUUUUCAUUUACAAUAUUAAGGAAUUCGGACAAGAAGUUGAAAUAACUUUGGAGGGAAUAGAAUUCGAGCUAAGUGUCCACUGCAAAUACUAUUCUAGUCUCUAAGAUAACUAUGCCAAGGCAAUAUAACCAGUGUGGCAUCAAUAGCCUUGAUGGCUGCAUUUUUUUUUUUUCAUGUUUAGCUAAACCAUCCUCUCUACUUUGUUACUUCUUGCCAAACUCCCUGAAUGCUGCAAACCAUAGAAUUUUAAUGCUGUCCACAUGUUGAUAUUAUCAAAAAGAAUUUGUGCAAGCUUCAGAAUCAGUGUGGCUUUAUUUAUAAAAGCGGGAUCAAGACUGUAUGAAAUUUUGCAUUUCACAUUGAUGCCGAUUCCAAGUUCUGCACAGUUCUUUUAUAUUAUUUUGUUCCCAGCAAGUUGUCAAGGUGUGUCAUAAAGCCAUGGUUCGCUGGUUUACAUGCCAGGUGCGGCUGAACGCUCGCGACUCCUAGCAGCCACCCAUUUCAUGCUUGCGUGAGCUUUGUGUAAAACAGCCCGCUGAUUGUAUAGAUUGUUUGUAGAGUAGUGAAGCAUUCAGUGCCUUAACAGAAAAAAUAUCUAUGACUACCUCAAGAAGGUUCCAUAUUUUUAUACCAUUAAAGUUACUUUUACAAAAUGG